UUAAAUAGGCUGUGCUCGUGUGAAAUCGAAGGAAGGACUAGAUCCUUCAAAUUAUUAGUGGUGAAAAAUGGUGGAAACAGCAGUGAUAAAGUCAAGUUCAAUGUCAAAGUUGAGUGGUGACGGAACCGUGAAUACCGAUGGCAAUGAUGCUGCUGCUACAGCAGAUGACCAUUACAAUCCUUCUGUAAGGAUACUACACAUCCCGAAGCAGUCGACUGGAUCAUGUGGGUUUCAUUUGUCGCGAAGCAAGUGGGAUCCAUAUCCUUGGGUCAGUAGAGUUGACGAAGAAUCACCGGCUGAAGUGACCGGCUUGAAGGCCGGCGACUGCGUGUUGGAGGUAAACAAUGAAGACGUCCUCGGAAUGCGCAUCGUAGAAGUCGCCAACAUGGUCCGUUCUAAAACCGACAUAGUAACCCUUCUACUAUGGAGCACCGGCAUGGAACCCACUUGCAAUCCAGAAUCACUUUGCUGUGGUCCUAUGCCAAUCAACCUGGAACGACUAUCGGCCAGUAUGCAGACCAUUGUAGCCGCAUUAGAAUGUCCCGUUUGCUUCGAUACUAUUCCUCCUCCCGUGUUUCAGUGUCAAAAUGGUCACCUUGUUUGCUCACGAUGUCGAGUCCGGUCGGAAAGAUGUGCGAUCUGUAGGGAGAAAUACACCGUUGGAAGGUCAUUGUUGGCUGAACAAGUCUACCAAUCUAUAACCGAAGCGUUCAACCUAACAGAAGGCAGCGACGGAAAGCUGAGGGAACGGUUGUUCGGUGCAAAAUGUGCCAGGAAAACUCCAUUCCGCAGUGAAGGAAACUUGCCUGCGGGAAAGCAAAUCCAUUCGCAUACACAUAAAUUCCUAGCAAAGAUCAUGGGGAAGUCCUCAUCGGUGGAUAACCUGAGUAAAAAGCAGCAUUGCAAUCCCCAUGAAGAACUGAAUGGGUUAAAAGGCAAAUCGCUUUCGUUAUCUUCCAGUGAAAUUUUCAAACGCGAUAACACAAUCUCCAUUCCUCGAUGUACAUCGGCAAACCGUUUGGCACCGGAACUUACUGAAUCCUGCAAUAGUUUGAGCGUCAGGCGAGCAACCUCAUCGUUGUCGUGCAACGUUUCGGCGGAAAGCUUGACCAGUAUACCGGAAAAUGGUAUUCAAAUCACAGUCCCUACCCACCAGACGACCUAUUGCUGCCCUUGCGGCGAGUAUUGUAACGAUAAGAUAAACGCUUCCGCUCUGGAGCAGCAUGUUACCGACCAUCAUUGUACGCCAAUCAUCUCUUUCGGGACGGCAUCGGCCGAGAUUUCACUUCCGCCACGGGCACCUGUUGACAACGCUUGCCUGGUGUUGAUUCUCGAUGGUCAUAAAUUUUGGCUGAAAUUAAUCUCGGAUUCGAACUCUACUGGGGAUAUCUUCAUCUCCGCACUGCUGCAGGGAAGCGAAUCCGAUUGUCGAAAUUAUGCACUGGAGGUGGUGAUACGGAAAGCCGGAUUGCACCAGAUAUUGGGGAAGGAGUUGAUUUCACGCUCGGAAAUUCACUCGAUGGAGAGCAAAGCAUGGAAUGAUAUCAGCAAUACCAGGAGCGGUGUGUUUUAUUCCAGUGAGUGCAUUAAAUCGACGUUCGAUCCGGAAACAGAGAUUUUGCUGAAGGCGACCAUUAAACGGUUGUCUGACCUUUAAUUGAUACAGAACGAGAUAAUUAAUAUUAGCAUGACAUGCAAUCACUCAGACUGUACUGAUAGUUUGAUUUCAUUACA